AUGAGUAAAGCUUUCGACAGUAUAGAUCACAACAUUCUCCUGUUGAAAUUACAAGAUGUUGGCGUAUCACCUGCUGCCCUAAACUGGUUUUCGAGCUAUUUAUCGGAAAGAUUCCAGGUCGUGCGUAUCAAUACCGUUCUAUCCGACAAACUACCUGUGAACAGUGGUGUCCCACAAGGCAGCAUUCUUGGACCGAUCCUCUUUAAUAUCUAUGUUAACGAACUACCAACAAUUCCUCAGAGCAGUUUAUCCAAGAUGUACGUUGACGAUAAUAAACUAUCACUUACUUUUCCUGUCCAACAAUGUGCCUCAGCAAUAACAGAGAUGAAUAAAGAUCUGUGCAGGAUUCGUGACUGGUGUUUUGACAACCACCUCCUUCUCAACGCAUCCAAGACAAAGCUUAUGGUUUUUGGUAGUCGCCAAAUGAUCUCGAAAGUCCCUGACUUCCGUCUGUCAUUACUAGGUAAGGAACUUAUUCCAGUCCAAACAGCGAAAGAUCUCGGAGUUACAUUUGAUUCAAGCCUUUCCUUCGACUGUCAUGUCGUUAAGACUGUCUCUUCUUGCAUGUCCAGCUUGGCGCAGAUUAACCGUGUAAAACAUGUUUUAGAUAAAAGUUUGCUUGUCUUG